UGAAGAACUUUCUUCUAUUAACAUCGGCCGGUCCCUUAUUUGUCUGCCCGUAGAGCGAAAUCUGAGUUCAUAUCUUCGUCUACAGCAAUUAUGUCUUCCUUGGCUUCUUCAUUCUCCCAACCCAAAUUGACUUCCAACUACGACGUCUUCGCAAUUUCCCAAGUGACCCGACAUCGCCUUCCAGACUUUCGGAAUCUGGUAGGAUCUCUAAGAGAUGAUACCAUCAAACUUUUUGCAGACUGUAUAUACUCUUCAACGAUGGUUGCGUCUCUUUCUUCCGCACUGGAGGCCAUGGAAAGGUCGAGAAUUCUUAUGGUUAUUUUCACGCCAGAAUUCCUCAGCGUCUCCGACAAAUUAUUUCUCGAGAGGCUGCAGAACGUCAUGGAGUGUCACAGAUCUAUGAAUAGACCGGUGGUUCCUGUAUUCUGGGGAGUCAAACAAAAGGAAGUGGUUGAGCAUUUGGCGACACGAUUCAGGGAUUUGGACUGGAUCGGAAUCGCCGUUGAAGCUGCUUCGCAAUCCGGCGUCACACUGUCCACUCAUUUCAGGGAAGAUAUGAGUACACUUAAGGGGGCAUUAUAUAGAUACUUGUUUUGCAAUCUUCCGCCCCAUCCAGCGGGGUUACUACUCCGUAGUGUGAAAGAUGUACUUCGUCUGUUGAUGGAUGGGACUUAUUCCAUCGGAAUAUGGGGGGUUCCAGGUAUUGGUAAAACUACUUUUGCCAGAGCUAUUUACGAUAGAAUUUGUGGCAGGUUUGAGAGAAAAAGUUUCCUUGCAAAUAUCAAUGAUGAAUGGAAAAAAGAUAACGGUCUAGUUCAUCUACGACAGCAACUUAUUUCAGAUGUUUUCGAUACAGAACUUGAUAUGGUUCAUGAUGUUAAGAUGGGAGCUAGUCAAAUGAAGGAGGCACUGUCCAAUAAAAGUGUACUGGUAGUGUUUGAUGAUGUGAAUCAUAUAGACCAACUCAUAGCAUUAUGUGGGAGUAGGGAUCUGUGCUUUGGCAAAAGGAGUUUAGUACUUGUUACGUCAACAAGUAAGGAUCUAAUUCUUGGCCUCGGACUCUACUUUUAUGAAAUGAAGGCGCUGGAUGAGAGACAAAAAAAGAGUGGAAUAAUGUGUUGA